AUGGCGAGAGCGCGAGAUUCAAGCGAUAAUAAAUUCUUUCAUCAGAAAGAGGGAUUUGCGCAAGUUGCAAGGUGGAUUGCCCUCGACCCUGACAAGGAAACGUCCAUCUACCGCAAAUUCGACGAGCUUGCAGCCCGAAAUCUGCUGUACUUGCAAUCUGAACUCCUAGUUCUCGAGAAUAAACUGGAUCAACUAGAUAGGAGUGAUGCCAAAAGCGAUGACAUGGAUCUGGCAGAUGCUAUCAUGACAUGGGAAACACUAGAGCGACAGUGUAAUACCGGUAGUGAGAAAGCACGAGUCCGCAUGAACUUAAUUGUCAAGAUACGAGCUAAACUAAAAGAAUACCAUGAAGCACUACUGUUGCAAAGCGAGAUAGCAAAAUUGAAGCAGCCUUCCAAGCGUAUUCUUGAUAUAUAUCGAGAAUGGUUCAACAAUCCACGACCUGUACUAGGCGGACUUUCCAAAACAUUUUUGGAUGACCCAAAUGAUCUUGCUGGUCUCCAUUCAUUGGAGACCGACUAUCUAUCCAACUUAUUAAGGCGUUACUGGCCGUUCAAGGAAGAGAUCUCUCUGGACGAUCGCUACAGUAUAGGAAGAUAUUAUGAAAAAUCUAUAUCUGCAGCAACUGCCAUCAUUACCAUUCUCAUAGCUGCAUUCCUUUUGGUCGGCCCCAUAACAGGCCUCUAUUUCGUCGCCAACGAUGCCGCCAAGCUUGGUAUGCUUGCUGCCUUUACGGCGUUGUUUGCCUUGAGCGUUGGUCUAAUGACUAACGCGAAGAGAGCUGAGAUAUUUGCAUCUACAGCAGCCUAUGCUGCUGUACUCGUGGUGUUUGUGAGCGGUAACAUCUCGAAUUCUACGACUUUGCCUGCGACUUGA